CCCAAUUUAUGUGACGCUUUUCGCUUUUUGAGAGCAGUUUGACUAAUCUUCGAAGCUUUUAAAACUAAAAUUUACAUAUUCAAAACUAUACGAUAAAUAUUAUAUGUUUUGAUUUUUCUCAUGUCAAUACAUGUUGGUCAAAGUCCAUAUAGUUUGAAUCUUGAUAAGCGAAAAGUGUCACAUAAUUUGGGACAUAAGGAGUAUUAAUUUUAAUUGAUUCCAACUCUCCGCUUUUUGCAUCAAACACACGAAUAUUCCCAGUAUUGGCUUUUGUUUUUGGUGCGUGAUGCAAAUAUUCCUUGAGCCCUAAGAGGGCAGAAACCCGUACCCCUCAAAUGAGUAUGCGGUGCAAGCUAGAAUUAGUCGGGCCAGUGUGUUCCAGAUACUAGAUGGUCUUUUAGAAUAUUUUCCAUGUCCUACCCGCAUGUCCAUGUUUGAUGAGAUUGCAGUCUCCCCUGGUUCCUGCCAGUGACGGAGCCAGGAAUCUAACAAGGGGAUUCAAAAAAAAUGUAAACUUGCAUAAUGAGUGAAUAAUGUAAGUAUCAAGGUGAUUCAACAAUAUAUAUAUCUAUAUAUAUAUAUAUAUACUUUUACCCUAUUUGUAGAGUGUAAUUGUUGGACGAAGCCCUUCAAUAUACUUAGCUACGCCACUGCCUCAUGUGUUGGCCCCGUGCUCAAACUAUACCAUUGAUACUAAAGUUUCUUAGUUUAAUUGGAAUUUUGAUUAUUAUAGUACUAAAUUCAAAUAUGUUUUGUACUUUUAAUUUCCCAUGAAUCGUGUGCUUCGGUUCAAAGAAGCGUACACUUCAUUUAUCGCUUUUAGCUUUAAGCCCAAUGGAACUUGUCGCUUCUUUGCACUUUUCGCUUUUAAAAACAGUGGUAAAAUGAAAACGUAAAGAAAAAGUGGUGAACUUCUGUAUGAAUGGAGUUGUUUCAGUGUACAUAUUUCCCUUUGUUCUUUUGCUAGAUAGCGGAGGGCCAGAAUUAUUUUCCUUAGCUCAACCUUGAUUUUGAUCACAUUGUAUAUGGUUCAGUUUAUUGGCAGUAUUCCAAAUUUAGCUUUCUAACUUCGAUCAAUAAAUGCUCUUUCCUUCUAGUUUUCAUAGCUUGAGAUAUCUUAGCAGCAUUUUAGAGGAUAUUUUCAAGCUUCUUUAUGCACAAGACAAGUAAGAUGUGAUUGACAUAUAUUGCAUGUUUUACUUGUAUAGUUUGUUUCAAGUGCUAUUUUAGGGACUUCAAGAAGUGUUUUAGAUGAUCUCUUUUUAGUAUGUUGGAUGACUAUUUUAGUGUGUUGGAUGACUAUCUAUUGCUAAUUUGCUAUACUGAUAGAAAGCAGAGGCAAGAUAAACUUCAUGUGAUUUAACCGUUGUGAACUUUCUUAGGCUGAUAUGGUAUUGAGGUUGAGGUAAUUGCUGCAGAGCUGCAGGAAGUAGAACCUUUGGCAUAAUUAGUCUAUGUUACUCGGACUCUUCACUUUCGGUGCCGCACUUGUGUCGACACGACAUGGGUGUGGGAUCCGUACCCGAUCUGGUCAACCGAUUUUGGAUACUUUGACCAAAAUCAACGUAGAAAUUCUGGACAGAUUCAAUGAUUUCUUUAAUCAAAACUAAAGCUAAGAUAACUAUAUACUUGAAGGUCAGUAAAACAGUCGCUUUAAAAGUUAAGGAAUCAGAUAGUAUUGGCAAAGUCAAAUCUUUAUUACAUGAUAAGGAGGGUAUACCGGAACGUCUUCAGCAGCUAUUUUCAAAAGGUAUUCAGCUUAUGGACGAACAGAAAUUAGUCGAUUACGGCAUUAUCAAGAACUCCACCCUUCAUGCUUAUGUCGACAAUUCAGUCCCGAGGAUAUUUCUAGUGAAGAGACCCUAUGCUGGAGGUGCAAUUACGGUUUAUUCAAGGAUUUGUGAUACUAUCCAGGAUGUCAAAUUUAGGAUCGGGGCCAAAGAAGGAAUAAAAUCAAACGACUUCUCUCUUAUUCAUGGUGGAAAGUUUCUUGAAGAUGACAAAACCUUAGCUUUUUACAAAAUUGACGGUGGAUCAACCCUUCACAUGGUUCUCAAACCGAGAGACAAGUUGCUUAUUUAUGUGGAAAUGCCAAAACCUGAAAUUGUACAAAUAGAAGUCAACACUGCCUUAACUGUUCGCGACAUUAAAACAGUUAUAGAGAGCAAAGUUAGCCACUCAAUGGAUGAUAUGGAUCUGUUUCUGGGGAAACAGGAACUGGAAGAUUCAAAGAAAUUAUAUCAGUAUGAUAUCGACGAAGACUGCUUCUUACAGGUGAAGCCCCGAACAAUGCAGAUCCUUAUCAAGAAAUGGAGUGGUGGAAGUAUAAUGCUAGACGUGCACAGCCACACCUUGGUCGAGAAUGUCAAGGGCAUGCUUCUAAAGAAGCUAGGAAUACCGGUUCAUCUGCAAAAGCUUGUGUUUGAGGGAAAAUUUCUAGCUGAUUCCCGGGAUUUAGCUAGCUACAAUAUUAAAAAGCACUCAAAUGUCUUUUUGGAUUUUCGUUGUUGCAAUGCUACACGCAUCCAGAAGGACCCAUUAUCUAAUAUUAAGAGUUACCAACAGAUAAAGUUAUGUACCAUUAAAGGUGUGAUUUCCAGUGCUACCUCCGUUGCUCAUUUGAAAACGUUGAUCAGGGAUGAACUAAAACUACAUGUGAAGGAACUAUUACUAGGUGGCAAGCUUUUGGACAGCUUAUGUUGUCUUGGUGAGUAUGGAAUUACAAAGAAUACAGAGUUGCUAAUUGCUUGCUGAUUGUUCGGACAACUUAAUUGUGUCGUAUAUAAAGACUGAAAGUGCCAGUUGUUGCUGCAAUUUUCGCAAACAUGUUCAUAUUUGGAAGAUGGUGAACUUUUGUUGUUGUAGAUCUUCUUAGAAUACAUAGUCAGCUGGAUGUCUUUGAAACUGAAAACCAAUGCAAUGGUGUUCCUUUUUUUUUUUUUUUCCUUUUAUCUGCUGUUUUUGCCUCACUGUAUGAGUCACUUUCUUUUGGUUUUGUGAUAGUAAUAUGCUUUGACGGGUUUGUUGAAUCCAUCAACCAAAGGCGGAGUCAAAAACUUUAGUUUAUGGGUUUUUGAAUUACAAUUUUUUUUGCUUA